UUUGCUUAAAUUUUGGUUAUUUUUAUAUACCCAAUUCUCGCCUUCUUCCUCUGUUGUCUGUGAAUGGAGAUUUAGGGAAAUUUAGGGUUUGAAAGGCUUCUUCUGUCUGUUUCUCUUGCUCUGCAACUUGAGCGCCUUUCUGAGCUUCAUUUCGCUGUUUUCCUGCACACGCCGUAGGCAUACAUUGAUAAGUUUAACGCUUCCUUUGUCACGUUUUAAGCAAAGCCCAACCAUAGCCAUUGAUUUCUCAUCCUAUCUCUUCAAUCCUUCCCUUUUCUGUACUCCCUUCCCUUUUAUUUAUUAUCUUCGUUUUGCUUAUUCUUCCGCUGUUUCAAAGGCAGACGGAGGGAGGGCUUCUUUUUUCCUGUUUUGUUUUCUGAUUUUCUCUGAGGUUUGAGGAAGAGGAAGGCAGAGUUCUAGGAGUUGAGGAGCUGCAGAUUUAUGUCGGCUGGGUUUGACUUGGCUGUGAUUGGGGCUCUGUUGCAGCUCUGUUUUUCUUCUUCUUCUUCUUCCUUACUUCUCUCUUGCUGUAUGAUUCUCUGCUGUUUCAAGCAGAGCCUUAAUCUGGUGUUUCCAUCUGUUUCGAUGCGUUUCAGACCGAAGAGGACUUGUUCUGGAGUUAAGUGCUUUGGAGCUUUUCAUAUAAAACGAUUCUCCUUCAUUCUCUUGCUCUUCAGAAGAGGGGGUUUCACAUAAUACUAACCCUUGAUUCGAUUUUGGUUCAUUCUGUUCCCCUCCUUUUCCCCUUAAGUUUUGGUCUGUUCGAGUUCGAGUUCUAUUUUUCCUGAGUUGUAGAGUUUUUUCCUUUUCUUUUCUUCAAAACAAUGCCAGAGCCUCGAGUUUUACAGCUAACGAAUCAAAAAAGUUUUGGAAAAAAAUCCAAAUCGAGACCCCAAGAACCUAAAAUGACUCGGAAAAUCCGUGUCAUCUGCAACGAUCCAGACGCAACCGAUUCGUCUUCGAGCGAAGAUGAGGGUGAAAUCGGAACCAAAUCUCUCAAAUUAAAACGAAUCGUUCGAGAAAUCCAUCUACCCUUGUUCCCUUUUCAGUCCUCUAAAUCAAUGGACGUAACCACUAGCACUCAGAGUUCUUCACAGGACAGCAACAAUGGCAGCAAAAACCCAGAGCUGAAGAGGAAGAGGGGUUUAGGCAGUAAAACCAUGCCUAAAACCCUCUCCACCCGAAGAAGCGCCUCUCAAUACAGAGGAGUUCGUCAAAGAAAGUGGGGCAAAUGGGCCGCCGAAAUCCGAGACCCUUUCAAGGGAGCUCGCAUUUGGCUCGGGACUUACAACACUGCUGAAGAAGCCUCUCAGGCCUACGAAUCAAAACGCCUCGAGUUCGAAAACGCCAUGGCGGCCGCCCCCAAAACCAACGUCAUCAUCUCUUCCUCGUCUUCUUCCUCCGAUGAGAACGAGGAAGAAUCCGGCACCGCCAUCUCUCAAACAUCCCCAGCCGCCAUUGUUGAAAUGGAAACCUCUUCCUCUGUUUUGAUAAAAGAGGAGGAAGUGAUCGACACCAGUUUGAUGAACGAACUCCAAAUCCCCAAUUUGGGAUUCGUGGACGAGGAUUUCGAAAUCAAUUUGGGGCUUCCAGAACUGGACCCCUUUUUCAUGAACGACAUUGGACUAUUGUUUGACGACUUCUCCGGCAUGGACGACCUUCAGAUUUACGGGUUGGAUGAGGAUGAACCCAGUUGCUUGCCGGAUUGCGAUUUCAACGAUUUUGGAAACGAUGAAAUAUCCUGUUGGGUGGAUGAAGCUUUGAAUGUUCCUUGCUCAUGAUAAGAAAGUUUUGCAGAUUAGGGUUGAAGAAAACAAUGUUUAUGUUUUGUUUUACAUAGUGUCUUUGAGGUUUAGUUUUUGUUGGGGUUCUGGUAAAAAACACUGAUUUUCUCGGGAAAAUGUUAAAAUUUUGCGGGAAAGUUGUUGAGUUUUGUUUAAUGAUGGGAGAGUAGAGAUCCAUGUGUUCUGGGUUUUCCUGCGCUUUGAGAGCCGUCCAGGAAAUGCGGAUUUCUUAGUUAUUUAUAAUUCUAUUGUUCUUCGUUCUUUGUUCUUGUCA